UUUUUGUUUUCAGGAACAUGUGUUGAUAUUGAGAUCAUGUGACUUCUGAUAGAAACGAAUCGCAUUGAUUUCUCAGUGGGGGGGGGGGGGGGGUGAAUACUUUUGUGGUGUCUGAAGCGCUUAGCAUUCUCCAUCAAAAGGUACCGGUGUGCUGGUGGCUCAGCUGUUCUCCAGUCAGGCGCGGGUCGUUCCACUGGCUGAGGGCAGGACGGGGGCGUCCUGGUGCUGGGGGUCCGUGUCCUUUACAGGAGGCUCGGUCCAGGUGAGAUGUGCGAGCCUCAGACAGAACGCAGUGAAGUGCCUUCAUGGAGUUCAGGGUCAGUCCGUGAGUGAGUGAGUGAAAUCCCAUGUGGACAGAGCCAUCGCUUCCUUUUUAUUAUAUAUAUUCUCUUUUUUUUACAUUUAAAGGUGCAUUAUGCAAUAUUUCAAACAGUAUGUAAAAUAUUAUACAGUGGGUAUAAAAGUUUACACCCCCCUGUUGAAAUAGCCGGUUUUUGUGAUGUAAAAUAAUGAAUCGUAUCGGAACCUUUCCUACCUGUUAAUUAAAGUGAAGAACAAUAAGGAUGAUUUUCGGGGGAACCGUGUGCACGUGUGCGCGCCCCUAAACUAAUACUCUGCUGCAGCAGCUUUCGAUUCUCUCCCAGCGUCCAGUGCUCGUGGGUCGGAGUCCGUCAGUGUGGCGCGUCUUCACUCAGCAGUAUUCUACCAUUCUUCAUUCUCUCUGUCAGAUGGGCGGGGCAUGUCCUGUACUCCGUCCUCUUCGGGUCACCACACACAUCUCGGAUUGGAUUUAGGUCUGGACUCGGACCGGACCGGUCCAGAACCUCGAGCGUGUUUAGGUGAAGCGGUUGCUUUGUUGAUCUGGAGGUGAAAGGUGAAAGUCCUCUUCAUCUGAAGGGUUUCAGCAGAAGACGUGGGGUUUUGUUCCAGAAUCGUCUGGUAUUUGGAGCUGUUUAUUUUUCCCUCCAGAUCCAGCUGAAGAUCUCUCCGCAGCCUCUCGGAUCGGUUUUCUCCUGAUCUUCUCAUCGGUUUUAGAGGGACGUCCUGUUCUUAGUAGUGUCCCUGUCGUGCCGUAUCCUCUCCACGUGUUGAUGAUUAUCUGUACAGUGCUCCAGGGUAUAUCCCACGCCCUGGACAGUUUUCUGUAAGCCUCUCCUGAUUGAUAUUUUUCAGUAACGAGAUCCCAUACCUGCUCUGUAAGAUCUCCGAGGCGCAGGGCUUUUCCAGUUAAAUGUUCCCAAUUCUAAAAGGGUGUGCACACUUAUGCAAGCUGAGUACUGGGAGCGUUGUGUUUUUAUUUCUGGGUGUUUGUCACCUGAUAUUUAUAUGUUGUAGAAAAUGUUCUGACUUGAUUUCACUUAGUUUCAUGUUUUUUACAUCACAAAAACCUGCCAUAGUAACAGAGACCUCCGGAAAAAUAGUUGUUGAAGCUCAUCAGGCUGGAAAAGGUAACAAAACCAUCUCCUCCAACCUACAGUCAGACAGAUUGUGUACAAAUGGAGGAAAUUCAAGACCAUUAUCACUCUCCAGGAGUGGAGACCAAUAACGAUCACUCCUAGAGCAAGACGUGUAAUAGUCCGUGAGGUCACGAAGGAACCCAGGGUCACUUCUAAGCAACUAGACGUUUAACUGCAGUUAUUGCUGCACAAGGGGCUCACCCCAGACACUGAAAGCAAAGGUUCGCUCACAGAGAUGUAAUAUUGAAUCAUUUUCCUCAAUAAAUAAAUGACUGAGUAUAAUAUUUUAGUCUCAUUUGUUUAAUUGGGUUCUCUUCAUCUGCGUUUAGGACUCGUGUGAAAAUUUGAUGACGUGUUCGGUCAUAUUUAUACAAAACUUUUACGCAUCACUGUACUAUCUUCAACAACAUGAUUUAUUAUGUGAAGCUGUCAUUCAAACAGUUUUGUACAGAUUUUGUUUACAGACCUGUCCGGGAGUAAUGUUGCUAAUUCUGUGUCCAGCUUCAUGUUCUUUAUAAAUGAUUCCAACUUGGAAAAGCACUGACAGGAUUUAUUUUGGUUUGGUUUUAAUUUGAGUUUAUUGUUGUUUUUUAGGGUUUUUUUUCUUUCUUUUCACUCGAAGGAGAAUUAUCGGGCUGUACCGGGGUGCCUACUGAUUUCAGACUUGGGUGGGGGCGGACUUGAAGGAUGUUAGGGUGGGUCUAUAAAAUGACUGACAGGCGCCCCAUACAAACAAGCGCACAUUUUGGGCUGUAAUGUAGAUUUAUUAUUGUUUUUUUUUUCUUUCUCAGGCGUAUAAUACACUUGAGCUGAGGCCAUGGCUAAAACCGAUAUUUUUAUAUAAAUAAAGAGUACCUUUAAUGCCGAUUCAAGAUGAGUUUGGUGUAAUGACGAGCCGCGACCAGAGGAGGCGCAGGUGGCUCUUAACGCGAAAACAUAACGAAGAAGAAGCUUCCGGAAGUGAGCGUGUGUGCGCUAAGCGUGCUUCCCUGUCAGUUUAAACCGGGUAGCUUCUCAGGCGAGUGAAAACCUGUUUUUCUGGAUUUUAGCGUAUUACUUCGUACUGAACCGGGUUUGUGGAUGCAGCGGGAGGAAAUUCUGAGGAUUUUACCGCCACGUUUUAGAACACACGAAAUAAAGCGCUGCUAAAUGUGGUGUCCAAGGUAACGGGUGUAAUUUUAAUACGAGUUCGCUAACGGACCCAGAGGACUUCCGGAGGAAAGGUGAGCUCUACCGUGGCGCUUCAUUUGUGCGCGAACGUGCAAUCUUAUGAAAGAUUUUUACUGUUUCAAAAGAUAAUGCUUUGAAUCGGAUAAACCGCCGCUCGAGCUCGCGACACGCGGUGUGCGCAUGCGCAGGACUGCCGAAAGCGAAGCGUGUGCACUGCGCAUGCGCGGGGCCGCUUGUAAACAAUGCGCGUCUCAGUGUGUCCUUAUUGCAUUGUGCGUCCUUUCUGAGCAGCUGCGGCGCGCAUCGGACCCGGAUGUGUUUGUCCGUCGUGCAGCACAGGAGCUGGAUUUAAUCCGGCCUGAACGCAGCAUGGAGGCCGCUCUGACUCGGCUGAAGUCUCUGAGUGCCGACGAGCUCAGGGAGGAGAUCCUCAAAGCGAACCUGAAGUGCGGCCCCAUCACGGCCACCACGCGCGCCGUGUUCGAGCGCAAACUCGCCCGCGCCCUCGUCGGGAACGCCGGACUCUCCGCUCCGGAACCCGGAGGCUCGGCCGCCGCCCCGGCCGAAGAGGGGGAGGUCGGGUACCAUCUCGGUCUCAACCCGCCUGAGGAGGAGCCACUGAGCGAGAAGAGCAUGUCUCCGUCACGGCAUGACGUCCAGACGCCGAACAGGACGCCUCAGACCACGCCCACGCUCUACUACGGGGUGUGUCCGCUGUGGGAGGACGUGUUGGCCAGAAACGAAAAGGUUCACGUGUACAUGGAUAAGAAGGAGGCUCUGCAGGCGGUGAAGAUGAUGAAGGGCGCUCGCUUCAAGGCCUUCUCUACUCGAGAGGAUGCUGAGAAGUUCGCCAAGGGACUCUGUGAUUACUUCCCCUCCCCGAGCAAGUGCGCCCCCUGCGUGUCGCCCGUGAAGACUGCCCUCGUCUUCGGCAAAGAGGGCUCGUCUCUGGCGGAGACGGACGGGACGAACCGGGAAAAGGCGAACAGCUUCAAGAGUCCUCGUCCUCAGGACCUGACGGCGAGGCUGCGAGUGUGUGUGGAGCGAGGUGACGAGGUUGCCUUCACCGAGCUGGUGUGGAGCAACCCGCGCUACCUCAUCGGCUCCGGAGACAACCCCACCGUGCUGCAGGAGGGCUGCAGGUAUAAUGUGAUGCACGUUGCAGCGAAGGAGAACCAGGCGGGCGUGGCUCAGCUGCUGCUCGACACGCUGGAGAAUCCGGACUUCAUGCGCCUCAUGUAUCCCGACGAUACGGAGAGCAUGCUGCACCAGCGCAUCCGCUACAUCGUGGACCUGUACCUCAACACGCCCGAUAAAGCCUGCUUCGAGACUCCGCUACACUUUGCGUGUAAGUUCGGUUGUGCGGCCGUGGUGAACGUCCUCUGCUCUCAUCCCCACAUCGACAAACACAGGAAGAACAAAUACGACCAGCGACCCUGCGAGAUUAUUUGUGAGCGAAUGAAGGAAAAAAACAAAAUCCCAGACAUCAAGCAGAAGAUCACGGAGUAUCUGGAAGACCGGUGUUACGUGCCCCUCCUCCGAGCAGCCGAUAACUCCGCCCAGCCCGUGAUCGGCGCCCGCUGGUCACCUGAGCCGAUGGAACACCGCUCACUGCAAUUACCCAGAAGCCCCCGGGAACCCGUGAUGGCGGUGAGGGCCUUCGCCGGCCCCCUGAGCCCCUCUAAAGCGGACGAGUUCAGGCGUGUGUGGAAGACGCCCCCUAGAGAGCGGGCGGAGCAUUUCCACCACAUCCUCAAGUCGGACCCCGAGCGUGGAGCGGAGCGAGUCGGCAGAGACCUGGCGCAUGAGCUGGGCCACCCCUGGGCUGAGUACUGGGAUUUCUUGGACAGUUUUGUGGACUUGGUGUCAGUAGAGGGUCUGUGGCGAUUGGAGGAGUUCCUGAGCAAGAAGGACUUCAGUGAGCGCGCUCGAGACCAGGCUGGAGAACUCAAUAACAGCAACAAGUUCAGAACUCCGUCCCCGGGAAAGCAGAAGUUGUUCAGUAACUCGGUGUCGGUCGGAGCGUUCCUGGACGAGACCGAUAUCUCGCUGGAGGAGAUCAAGAACCGACAGAACGCGGCGCUCACCAGCAUCUCGUCCUCCUCCGCUUCCUCCUCUUCCUCCUCUGCCUCCUGCUGCUCUAAAGACGACCUGGGUGGGCGGGGCUUCCACAUCCUGCCUGUCUCACAAGACUCCGCCCUGAUUGAGCCACGAAACCCCGCCUCUUCCUGCCCGCCAUCGCCCAUCUCCAACCUGAUGGCGGAGUUCGAGCGUAUGACGCUGCGCGAGCACCCGGUGGGAGGUGAACAGGAAGGGGCGGAGCUUUCGAGCACGAGUUCGGACGAGUACUUCCUGGCGCAGGAGGGCAUGGAGGAGGAGGAGCAGAGAGCGAGGACUCGAUUGGGAUCAAACAGCGAGCGAUUGCUCUGUUCGCGCUCCAGAUCAUGGGAUCACACAAGCUCCGCCUCCUCCUCCACCUCUGGAUCUUAUAGAUCAUUGGAGCGGUCGAAUGACCUCAUCCUGACCACGCCCCCUCGAAUCAGGAAAGGGCUGUUCAUUGAGGGAGACGCUCCCUCCAGACUGGACCGUGAUGUUUUUGCUGCAGUGGGAGGAGUCGAAAUCGACCCGCUCAAAUAUCCCAGCAUUCACAAGUGGAAAAGCACCAUCGAGUCGUACACCAGCGCAGAGAUGCGGAGUUGGCAGACUCCAGCUGUGUUAAAGACUCACUCCAGAUUCCAGUCUUUGACUCCCGGUUCUCCUGUGAGUCGUUACAGUCCGGCCCGACACGCCUACUCGCCGGACUGCACCAGUCCCGGACGCUACAGCCCCGCCCACUGCAGCUACAGCCCCGCCCAUACCAGUUACAUCCAGCGCAUCCGGCUCAAGCACUUAGGAGACUCGCCGAUUUAACAAACGCUUGGCGUGGACUCUGUGUCCCGGCGUCUGUCCAUCUCAGACACACGGAGCUCCACCGCUGCAGCAGAACUGUACUGCGGGAAAAAAACGUUUAGAGUGAACAGAACUGGUACGCUGUAGUGUAUAUUUUUAAACCGUUGUCCUUUUCUUAUAUAUAUAUAUAUAUAUAUGUGUGUGUGCGCGUAUGUACAUGUACGUAUGGGUGUGGAUUUGUAUCCGUAAUUAUUUAUGGGUGAUGCAGAAAUAUUUAAAUUCACACGGUAUUCUGACCUGUUAGAGAAAUCUAGCUGAAUAAAGGAAAAUAAUGAAUGAAUGAAUGAAUGAAUGAUGCGGUGUAACUCAGUAGCACAACCUUCUGUGGAGAAGAAACGGGACCGUUCCUGGUGCUGGUGUCCUCCUGGUCCCUCACAGCGCCUCCUGCUGGUCAAUAACUGGAGCACUGUCUUACGGAGUUCUAUUUCAGUUCAGUAAUAAAUGUUGCUUACUCGUAAGCGUGGUGUAUUUCGACACGCACAGUAAAGACCAUCAUCGUUUACAUCACACAUCAACACGCACAAUAUUGUUGUAGUGGAGGGGCGUGGCCUGUGGUAGGGGGCGGGGUUAUCAAAACCAGCACAUUCUUUGUUCAGAGUGUAAACAGCACAACGAAUCACACACCCGUGACUCUACUUCUUUUUCUUCCUUCUUUUUUUCCAGCAGUAGGCCACGUCUAAUCCCGUCACACAGGAAAAGCACAUUUUAAUUACAGGUCUUUUAUUAUUAUUAUUAUUAUUAUUUAGGUGUGGUCCUGAGCUUCGUUAGUGCCUUUUUGAUGUUGAACACACACACACACACUCGGAGCAUGUUUCUGUGGAGAAUAAGAGACUGUAGUGAAUGGGUGUGUGUGUGCGCGAGUGAGAGACGCUUGUUAUUUUAAUUCUCGUGUACGUUCUCACCCUGUUGCAUGACUCGCCCUGUUUUAUCUCUCGGCAGAGGAGAAAAGUUCUUUGAUGUACUACUGAGGAACAGAAAUAAAGUGCGCAGCAUCUCAUUAAACCGAUGGUAAUGUCUUCAUUCAGAUGGAGUGUGUGGUCACUGCGUGCCAGGGCGUUGGUUCCGGAGGUCGAGACGCACGCAGUA